UGACUGAGAGUAUUUCAGAAAUGCCUUAGUGCAUCAAAUCUCAGUUGCAGUGCUUCUAGUUGAUGGUAAGCACAUGGAGAUACGAAACAACACAAAUCUAACGCAAACUCUUAUAACAACACAGUCAAGAUGGCACCGGAAAAAACACCUGUACGUGAUGAACAGCAGAAACAGGUGAAUGUGUUUGUCCGUCUCUUUAACCUCCCCGUCGUCAGCUGCACCUGUGAGAUGAUGGAAAGGACUUACAGUGGCACCAAACAGGUGCAUCCACUGGUCAGCUCCGUGUGUGAAGUUUACGAGCGCGGAGUGAGGACUGCUGGUAACUUGGCCGUGAGGGGUAUACGGCCUGCCAUUGAUAAACUCGAACCGCAACUCAUUGCUGCUAACAGCUUGGUCUGUCGCGGCCUGGACCAUCUGGAGGAGAGGAUCCCAGCUCUGCAGUACUCCCCUGAGAAGCUCGCCACAGGGAUCUCGGAGGUGGUGUCAUCCACUGUGCAGACGGCAAAGGAUGGCGUCACCACUCCCAUCAUCACGGCGUCUGACGCAGUUGUCAGCCUGGCGUCUGGAGGCAUCCAGCUGACCCGGAGUGUCCUAAGUGACGGAGCACUAUAUGUGCUGAACAGCAGGCCUGUCCGUCUGGCCGAGGAGGGGGCCGGCGGUGCCCUGGCCAUUGCCGAGCAGCUGGUCGACUACAUUCUGCCCCCCUCCGCCGACGAGACAGGUGUGGAGAAGAAAGAAGGGGAUGUGUCGAAGGAGCAGCAGUCGAAUGAUGUCAGCUCCCCUGGCCCCAAGCCCAGCCUGAGUCGACUCAGUGCCCUGGUCAACACCGCGUGCAGUCGUGCCUACAGUCAGACGGUCACGCAGAUCCAGCGCACGAGCAGUCAAGGCCAGGACCUGGUGGCACGCAUCCCUGGUGUGGUGUCCAUGGCCAGGUAUGCAAAGCAGAACCUGGACGCUGUGAGUUCUACCGUUCUGGGCCUCCCUGGCGUCUUAGCUGGACUUUUCGAAGAACCACAGCAGAGCAGACAGAGUCUGGAGGGGACUGGAGAACCACAGCAGAGUGGCAGCCGGGUGAAGGAACUGUUGAGUGGCGCGGGACAGCAGCUUCAGAGCGCCUAUGUGUCAGUCAUCUCGGGGGUGAAGCAAGCCCCCAAGACCUCCGUGGGCCUGGCGAAGGACGGUGCCGACUUGGUCCUAGGGUCUUUGAGCUCAGCCAAGGAGCUUCUCUUCACCAACAUCUCUUAUUAUGGCCGGUUUUCCACCCGAGAGGACAAAGAGGCUUCCCCCACUGAUACAAAGGAAGAGCAAGGUGGCAGAAACACACCCUGUGAUCCCUUUCAGCCAGGCCAGAAUGGAGCAGAUACUCAGGGCUCAUCCGAGCCCAUGGAGCCCCAGGUGUCAGAAGAGGCAAGGCUGCUUCGGAAGAAGGUUCUGCAGGACAUCCCUACCCAGCAGAGAGUGGUCCUCAGUGGGUCGCACAGGUCUCUCGCUCACUCAAGCUCCAAAGAGAGGAGCCAGGGGCAGACACACCAGACCACGACAACACGCUCCACCCAUGUUAUCAGGGAGUGAUGCAGUGUGCGUCAACUUCCUUUAAGCUCAAUGUAGUUACUGUCUGGCAAAUACAGACACAGCAAUAUCUGCAAUUUUGGCAAAAGUAAGCUUUUAUGACAUGCAACAGCCAAACUUAUACUUUUAAGUGUUCAAUUGUUCCAAAGCAUGUCCCAACUAAUCCAUGCAUGUGCACCAACUUGGCUAAGACAGAAGAUCGACUAACAGAGAUACUGCAAUGAUCGCAUUGGGUAGAUCAGAUGUUUGGAAUCUAUUUGAAUAUCUGGACAUUAGAGUAUCAAUUUAUUUUACUCAGAAUCUGGGCCAAUAACAGAGGCACAAUUUUCCCCUUGAGCAAAUAAUAAAAUUUGGUGCAAAACAAAUAUUAUUCAUAUCAUUAACAUGUAAUAUUAUUUAUUAUAUCUAUAAACCUAAUAUUACAAAUCAACAUAGAAUAGUGUUUUUUUCUGAAAUGUUCACUUGGAUCUGGUUAAUUCUCAGCUGAUGAGGUCUUGAAAUAUGUGAUGUGCCGAUUUGGAACUGCUGUGAUAAGUUGUCACUUAAAGCAGCCCUAAACUCGACUAUUCCUCCCUACCAGGAGGUGUUUAAAGUCUUAAGUUUGCUCCACUUAUAUUUUCCUUAACUCUCUAUUCCAUGAAGGCUCACUUGCUGUGUCAUUUCUAAUAUCGCCUUACAGCCUUUGCACUAAGUUCACUGUUUGAAUGUAAGCUUCAGCCUGGCCGCAAGGUUUCAAAUAGUUAAAAUAAAAAAUUGGCUUGCUCUUUA